UCGAUCUUCAUCACAAUAGCGCCAUUAUCCGAAACUAUGGCUUCUCUUUUCCCAUCAUCAUCCACCACCUCUAACACCAUUCCCACUUCCAUCGCCUCUUCAUUUCUUCCACGAACAUCCCAACUCUCCUUAGCUAAACCAAAGCCUAAUUUCAUUGCCAAGGUAGUGUCAUGCAAAGCCACAAAUGGUGACCAAAAUCCAACUCCCAGCUCCAAGAAUACCGAAAAAUCUUUUCUCCUCAAUAAAUUUGACAGAAGAGAUGUUCUGAUUGGCCUUGGAGGUCUUUAUGGUGCAGCCAGCCUUAGCCAAGACCAAUUUUCCCUGGCAGCUCCAAUAUCUGCCCCCGAGUUGGAAAAAUGUGGCAAUGCAGAGUUACCUGAAGGUGCAGAUCCUACCAAUUGUUGCCCACCAGUAUCGAGAAAGAUAUUAGAUUUUAAACCACCUUCUUCCAAUUCUCCCUUGCGCGUUAGGCCUGCUGCACAUCUAGUCGACGAUGCCUACAUAGCAAAAUAUUCCAGGGCCAUUGAGCUUAUGAAAGCUCUCCCAGCCGAUGAUCCACGUAAUUUCAUGCAACAAGCAAACGUUCAUUGUGCCUACUGUGAUGGGGCUUAUGACCAAGUGGGAUUUCCGGAUCUUGAACUUCAAGUUCAUAAUUCGUGGCUCUUCUUUCCAUUCCAUAGAUAUUAUCUUUAUUUCUUUGAGAAAAUUUUGGGCAAGUUGAUUGAUGACCCAACUUUUGCUUUGCCAUUUUGGAAUUGGGAUUCUCCUGCUGGCAUGAAAAUGCCUGCGAUGUAUGGAAACACUAAAUCUCCUCUCUACAAUGAGCUCCGCAACCGAAGUCACUACCCACCAACACUGGUUGAUCUUGAUUACAACGGUACUGACGAAACCACAACGAAGAGAGAUCAAUUGACGAGCAAUCUCAGAAUCAUGUAUAGGCAGAUGGUAUCUAAUGGCAAGACCGCUAGGCUCUUCCUAGGAGGUCCCUUCCGUGCAGGUGAUGAACCCUAUCAAGGAUUCGGGUCGGUUGAGAACGUUCCUCAUGGACCUGUUCACGUAUGGUGUGGCGAUAACACACAACCAAACGGAGAAGACAUGGGAACUUUUUACUCUGCAGCAAGAGACCCCAUAUUCUAUGCUCAUCACUCAAAUGUAGAUAGAAUGUGGGCCGUUUGGAAGACGUUAGGUAAGAAGCGAAAGGAUUUCACUGACCCCGAUUGGCUUAAUGCCUCGUUUCUUUUCUACGACGAGAACGCAAAUCUUGUUCGCGUCAAAGUUCGUGAUUGCCUUGACAAUCGAAGUUUGGGAUACGUUUAUCAAGAUGUUGAUAUUCCAUGGCUGAAAACCAAGCCAACUCCCCGAAAGCUAAGUAAGAAGGUGGCGUCGGGGGGUCCAGGGAUUGCACUGGCGGUAGAAAUAAACAAGAAAAAAGUCAUAUCUAGCAAUCAGUUCCCAAUAGUUUUAGACAAAAUAGUAAGCGUUAACGUUCCAAGGCCAAAGAAAUCGAGGAGUAAAAAGGAAAAAGAAGAGGAAGAGGAAAUAUUGGUAAUAGAUCAGAUUGAGUUGGACGGCAAUUCAUUCGCCAAAUUUGAUGUAUAUGUCAACGACGAGGAUGAUUUGACAAUUGGACCAGACAACACAGAGUUUGCGGGGAGCUUCGUGAAUGUGCCACAUAAGCAUAAAGGUGGGAAGAAAAUGACGACAUGCUUGAGGUUGGGGCUAACAGAUUUGUUGGAAGAUUUGGGAGCUGAGGAUGAUGACAGUGUUGUGGUGACCUUGGUGCCAAAAUAUGGAAAGGGCAAUGUUAAGAUUGGUGGUAUCAAGAUUGAGUUUAUCCAAGAUUGAGUGAUCUGAUCACUUCAUUUUGAUAUGAUGCUUCAUUGGUUUGGGAAAUCGAUCUUUGUUGUUUGUAAUGAGACCUACUUCACUUGUUCUUUUCUUCAUAUGCUGUAUUACUAAAUGAAGACGGAAAUGUUUGCUCUCAUUUGCUUGUGAGUAAGCAAAAGAAAAGUUGUCUAGCUCUUCUUUGUCUUAUGAUUUAUCCCUCGGUUCUUUUUGUCAAA